AUGGUUAGAUUUGCUUCUCUGGUGGGAUGUCUAUCCCUCGUGGCAUCCUGCGUACUUCCCGCUGCCGCCAUAGGCACAGAAUAUGUCGUCGUUGAGCAACUACCGGGGGUGCCGGAGGGCUGGACUAAGGGCGAACCCGCGAUUCGGUCGAGGCUGAUGCGGUUCAAGUUGGCACUGAACCAAGAGAAAACCGCCGAAUUUGAGAAAAGGGUGGUGGAUCUCUCCACCCCCGGACAUCAGGAUUAUGGCAGGCACAUGAGCCGCGAAGUCGUUAGUGAUUUCCUGCGUCCCUUCGAUCAGGGCACGGAAAAGGUCGUGGCGUGGCUUGAAGGCGAACAUGUGCCUGCAGAAUCGAUCAAUGUGCAUGGGAACUGGGUGGAGUUCGAGGUCGAUAUUGCACAUGCGGAGUCAAUCCUGAGGACGCAUUUCUACCGCUUCUAUCAAGAGAAAGUCAAAGAUGGGGAGCCCCGGGCGUCAGUAAUCAGGACGCUGGCCUACUCAGUGCCGCGAGACAUCUACCCCUACGUUUAUAUGAUUCAGCCAACAACGCGGUUUGGGGCGCUGGCCUCGCAGGUAACUGUUCAACCGAUAAUCAUCUCAGCCGAGGAUGUGGACGGGGAUUGCGCGGCAAAUGUAACCCCUGAUUGUCUUCGCGAACUGUACCAAAUUGACGACACCGAUAUUCAACCGGACAGGCGCAACAUCCUUGGCAUUUCGGGGUAUUUGGACCAAUAUGCCCGCUAUGGUGAUUUCGAAGAAUUUCUGCACCGGUUUGCGCCCGAUCGCGCGGACGCCAAUUUCACCGCGGUCUCCAUCAACGGUGGUCGCAACUUGCAGAACGACACAAGGGGCAGUGGGGAAGCCAGCCUCGACAUUCAGUACGCCUUUUCUCUGGCGUACAGGGCGCUUGGCGUGUACUACAGUACCGCCGGACGAGGCCCCUUCGUUCCCCAGGUCGGUCAAGACGAGACAACGGAUGCAGAGAACGAGCCCUACCUCGACCAGCUCCACUAUCUUCUGGGCUUGCCCGAUGACGAGCUUCCUGCAGUUCUCAGCACCUCUUACGGCGAAAAUGAACAGAGCGUCCCCGAGAAAUACGCGUAUACGGUGUGCAAUUUGUUUGCCCAGUUGGGCGCCCGCGGAGUCUCGCCUACGUUCCCGGCAAACUGUCCGUUUGUCACCGCGGUCGGCGGCACGUACGGCAUCAAACCGGAGAAGGGCAUCAGCUUUUCCGGCGGUGGGUUCUCACAAUACUUCAGUCGGCCUGCCUAUCAAGAGGCCAGCGUCAGCGGUUACUUAGACAAGAUCGGAAAUACCUUUGAGGGGCUGUUCAAUGCGGGUGGGAGAGCCAUCCCCGAUGUGGCAGCACAAGCGAUAAACUAUAUCAUCCUAGACCAUGGAUCCUACGCGAAAACCGGGGGUACUAGGUUGGUUUUCCCUCUCUUUGUUCUUAUACUUCCUUUGCUCCUCACAGUCACCAUGGCCAGCGGCGGCGACAUCCGAUCCCUCGUCUCGGAGCUCCAAAACGCUCUCAACCGCCACCAAUUCGAAGUCGUCAGCGACCUUCUCAGCCGCGCCAAGCGAGCCCUCCUGCUGCAGAAUGCCCUGAUCCCGACACCAUCGACGUCGCCCGAGCUAGUCUCUGCGGCUCGCGAGAUCCUGGAAGUGGGCGCCCUCGCUUCCAUCAGGCAGACCGACGCUCCCACCUUCACACGAUACUACCAGCAGCUCCAGCCCUUCUACGAUCUGGAGCGGGAUAGCACCGGGGCCGGCAAGGUCGACUUUAAGACGAGCCAGCGCAGCAAGGUCACAGGCUUGUAUCUGCUGCUCCUGCUCAGCAUGGGUGACAGCACGAGCUUCCACACGGUGCUGGAGGGUCUGGUGGAGGAGGCGAGCCUCAAGGGCAAGAGUGUGGAGGAUGAUCCGUUCAUCAAGUAUCCUGUUGAGCUGGAGCGGAACUUGAUGGAGGGGAGCUAUGACAAGGUGUGGCGGGAGACGAACUCGGAGCGGGUUCCGUCGGAGGAGUUUGCCUUAUUUUCGAGUGUCCUGGUCGGAACCAUCCGCAGCGAAAUCGCCGACUGCUCCGAAAAAGCGUACCCGUCGCUCCCCAUCUCCAACGCCAAGAACCUCCUCUUCCUCGAGUCCGAAGGCGCCGUUAUCGAGUUCGCCCAGCAGCGCGGGUGGGUGCUGCGUGACGGCCGGAUAUACUUCCCCGUGGAGCCCGAGGCGGCGGCGCGGUCCGAGAAGGACAUCCUGGUCGCCAGCGGCACGAUUAUUGAGAAUGCAGUGGGUUACGCCCGAGAGCUAGAGACGAUUGUCUAAAGAUAGACCUGUUUCUGUUUCGUCUUAUUUGGUAAUUUAUGUCUACUGGUCUCGGAUGGGGGUUAUUAUUAUGCUGCCUUUGCAUUAUGAGAUUACUUAGCGAAUCUUCCUGAAUUCUUAACUAUAUUAAAGUAUCCC